AGCACACACUAUUUCAAACCCUCUGUCUCUCUCUCUCUUUCGUCUAUUGCUUUCACCAACAGGAACAAUCUCAAACCCUAGAGCUUCCCUCGUCGUAAAUUCGACCUGGCUUUCACCGAUCUCCGUUCUGCUUGGUUUCGAUUUUUUUUAUACAUUAUUUAUAUUUCCUGAUUUUCAAGAAAUGGAGAAGCUGUAUCGGUGCGUGUACUUGAUAGCGAUUUUCGUCGCGGCUGUUCUGGUGGCGUCCUCAGCCGAGAUGUUUACUGAUCCGAAUGACCUCGCAGCUCUUCAUGAUCUCUACAAGACCCUCAACCAACUGCCACAGCUGACGGGUUGGAGAUUGGAUGGUGGGGAUCCCUGUGAUGAUGAUGAAGACUGGAUAGGAGUGGCAUGCUUUGGCCCUGCUGUUGCAUAUCUGGCACUUAACGGUCUAAAUCUGACUGGCUAUAUCAGUCCUAAAAUCGGAGAUAUGUACUAUUUGCAGCUGCUGGAUAUUAGUUCCAAUACCAUUGGUGGUGAAAUUCCACAUGUCUUACCCCCCAAUGCCACUCAUAUAAAUAUGGCAGACAACUAUUUGAGCCACAAUAUUCCCCCAUGCUUACAUGGCAUGAAAAGUCUCCGACAUUUGAAUCUAAGCCACAAUUUGUUAUCUGGACCUAUUGGUAAUGUUUUUACCGGCCUACAGAAUUUAAGAGAAAUGGAUUUGUCAUAUAAUAACUUUACUGGAGAUCUUCCAAGUUCAUUUGAAUCCCUCACAAAUCUCACUGGACUGUACUUGCAGAAUAACCGAUUCACUGGAUCAGUUUCUUACCUAGCUGAACUUCCCCUAAUUGAUCUGAAUAUCGAAUGCAAUUAUUUCAGUGGUAUCAUCCCCAGACAUUUUCAGUCCAUACCAAAUUUAUGGAUCGGGGGAAAUAGUCUUUAUCUUCCAGGGCACAACUAUCUACCCCCCUCUGGAAAAGCAGGCAAGUGUCAUUGAACAGAACAUCCACCCCCCUCCAGCAACUCGGUCAAGUGCCAUGGAGAAGAGCAACCUCUGUACCAAAUUAGGUGGACACAAGAAGAGGAGGCUUGGGCCUGGAGGAAUAGGUUUUAAAUGGGGGCAAUAGGCCCAUCUAGUAUUCGCUAAUUAUGUUUUGCUUCAGGCAAGUAAAAUGUUGAAUUCAGAUAAUUUCUUACGGAGACUUUCAAUUGUUAAAGUUCAAUAUUAAAGAUUAAACAAUCA